AUGGGUGACCUCAAACGACAAAGAAGUGUUCGGAUUGCGUCACCAACAGACGUUGUGCGAGACAAAAUGAAGAAUGAAGAAAAAAUAACUGCUGCAUUCUGUGAAAUGUCACCCUGUGUGGAACAGAUUAUCCGUAUAACGUGUGCUCACGGCAAAUUAAAAAUAUUGGUUGCAUAA